UGGAUAUUUGUAGUUGGAUUACGGCCGCCUUCUGAAUGGCAAACUUUUUUUCUGUUGUUUUUUUUUCGGGGCGAUUAUUAUUUAGUGUUUACAUUUUAAUAAUAGUUGAGUUUGUGGCUGAUUGUGCUGGACGAAGUUAGGUAUCGAAUGGAUUUGUUAAGCAGUGAUGGUGUAAUGCAUUGUUUUUAUGUUUAAAAUAUAUAGUAUACACAUCUGCUCGGAAGCUAAAGUCAUUAAUUAACCAGCUUUGCUCGUUGUAGGCCUCAAGUUCCAGCGGGCGGUUGUUCGCUGCGUCCCCCGAAAACAGGCUGCAAUCUGCGGAUAAGGACACUAAUCAAGGCCGGGGCUUUAAAUGAAUACGGGAGGGGGAAAAAAAAAGCCUAUCUACGAAAACUCAAUUAGUGUUUUUGGGGGCUUUGAGUCUACUUUUAGGUUGAACUGUUACCCAUAUAUGGGUUUGUUGUCUAAUUCGUGUGAGUUGUGGCUUUAAUUUGAAGUUAAACGGCUCCCAGUUUGAUAAGCAAUGCAUAAUUAGUUAGCUAGCCAAUUUUGUUUGAGUUUUCCCGACACGGCUAGGUUGAAGUGGCAGGCGGGGUGUUUCUUGGUUAUUUUAUUGGCUUUAGUGCCCCGAUCUGAGUCUUGUUUAAAGUUAAAACGGAGUAUUGUUAAAAACGGAGUGAAAUUAGUGAUAUUUACACGGUAGGUUUCGUGAUAAUCGGGCUAAUUGGAGUCUUGGCUAGUCAGGUUUUGCUAACCCUGCCAAUUGGUUCUGCUAAUGAGACUGUGGCUUAAUUAACAAAAAAAAUGCUCCCGAGUUCAUGGAGGACUUCAUGGAUUGUAAAAGAAAGCUGGGCUGCACGACUUGUUUCGUACGCGUCGUUUUCGGAUGCUUUUGCACGUCUUUCGGAGGAGCUAGGAGAGACCAUGGGUGGGGACAGCGAUAAGGGGUCAAUGUGGCUGUGUCCUUUGUGUCAACAAGGUCAAUUGGACCGUGAUGGACUUGCUUUGCACCUGUCUGAAAAACACAGUGUGCUUCCUGCAUGCCUCGCUAAGCUGUUGGACAUUGCGGCUCCCAAGGACUGUUCCAACAACGAAGACGGAGGGUCUGGUGAGCUAAAUGAUAUCAAUGGCACAUCGCAGCAUCCGAGUUCAGAAAACUCGCCGGUAACGGAGGCUCUGAAUGAAGCUCUGACCAGUGACCACGAUGGUUCCUCCCAGGAAAAAGAGGUGUGUGAAGAGUUAGAUGGAGAGGGAAAUAAGAACGACUGUAGUAAUACGGAAACGAGUCAGGAUAACGUUACCCAGCCUGAAAGAUCCGAAGCCUCGGCCAACGAUGAAAAAUCCAACGAUAAAAGCAAUACUCCUGCUGACGGCGAUGUUAACCACGCUUUCAAGUGUCACGCAUGUUUGGAAUUCUUUCCCACUAGAUCGGCAUUGAGUGUACAUUAUAAUUCAGCCACUCACAUCCAAAGGAUGAGGACGGGAACAGGGAACGACAGCGAUUCCUCGACCCCAGUUCUUGCUCGUCCUUAUGUCUCGAAUAAACCCUACCAGUGUGCAGUGUGUCGCGUCUCUUAUAACCAUGCCAUCACCCUGGAAAGUCAUUUGAAGUCUGUAUUGCAUCAGAGCCGUAGCAGGAACGCCGGAAACGCCGCAGCGAUUUCCUCAACGAAUGCAGGAACUGGAAAUGUAGCAGCGAAUGUGGCAGUGACUACAGUGGCUAAUUCUAGCCAGUUAGCUUACGUUACAACCAGUAAUUGUGUCACGCAAGCAAGCCUGACUGCAUCCCAAGCGAUGACCAAAGAUGAUGAACAGGUUAAGCCUCAGCCUGCACCCUCAUUGCUUUCGUCCCCAGUGGCCUCAGCUCAGGCAGUAUCAGCUUUUCUUACUCUUUUAACCUCAAGUCCAAACUCUGCUCCACACUCCAUUCUUCCCUCUCUUUUUGCUAGUGGAACAGGUGCUGCACCAGGCACAGCAACUCCGCAGCUAAUAACCCAGCCUCAGAUGCUUAUGCCUCUUAUCUUGAAUGGACUCCAAACACAGAGUCCAACCUCGGAAUCCCCCAAACAACUUUUGCCGCAAGCUGUGCCAGUCCUUGGCCUUAACGCCGCACAGCAGGCGCUCUUGACCCAAGGACUAAGUGGCUUGCAAAGUCAGUGGCCUGCUUUUAGACUGUCCAAUGCAGCUCAGAUGCCUUCAGAAGAGAACGACAAUAGCGGUGAAAAGGGAGCAGGCACCAAAGUGAAAAAGGAGGAGCCUCAACAGGAGUCUUGUGACCAACAAGUGCCACAGACAUCAGAUGAAGCCUGGGCCACAGAUGAUGGUUCUGUGAAAAGCGGUGUUAAGGUAGAGAUUAAACAAGAGUCCGGCCGCUUAAAAUAUGAGAAGAAAGGUUUCGAAGAUGGCACGCUAUGUAAUGCCAAGCAAGAGAACGAUGAAAUGGAUAUUGAAAGCACAGUUGAUAAGGAGGGUUUGGGCGAAAAUGCAAAAAGAAAUUCUGAUGCAAAUAAAGACUCUGGAAGUGAGGAUUAUCCGUGUAGUUGCUCAUCGUCUUGUCAUGCUGAAUCCUGUCAGUCUUCUACACAUAGCGAUCAUAAUAUUGUCAACCAUUCAGAAGUCAAACCCAGUCCUGCAAAAUGUAACCCCUCAAACACUACCCUUGCCUUAAUGUCCUCGCAACAUAAGAGUGCCAAGGUUCAUGCAAUCUGGUCCUCAGGACCUCCAGGACUAAGUGAGUUUCAGUCUCAGGUUCUGUGGGCUUUUUUCGAGUCUCAAAAUGAGGCUGAUUCAGCAAUUCCAUCAAGAGAGGACUGUGAAGCCCUUGGCAGGGAAGUAGGAUUAACGGAAGACGAGGUACGAAAGUGGCUGGUCGAUGCCCGCCGUGCCAAAGAGAGACAUAGUGCAGAAAGAAUGGAGCACGAUGAAAUGGAAGGAAGCAUUGAAGAUGACGAAGGUGCUCUAAUGAUAGAUGAAAGCGAAUAUGGACAGAGUCCAUCAGCUGCCAGUAGUCAUGCAAUGGAUCUCUCGAACAGUUCUGAGGUGCGCAAAGAUAAAGCAUACAGCCAAAGCCAAGGGGAUCUGUGCUUAACCUCUGACUCAGAAAACGAAGAAUUCUACACUUCUGUAAUUGUGACCGAUGAGGAGAGUCAAAGUAGCUCAUUGAGAGAAGAGCCGAGUAGUCCGGUUAAACAAUCUUCACAAGUAGAAACAUCAGGGGAACGGUCAAGCGGUGGCGGAAAAGUUCUUCGCUCCACUACAGUGUUCCUUUCAGAUGCAGAGGAUGAAGAUGAAGAUCAGGGUGCAAAAAAUAAAAAGAGAAAGAGAGAGAGAGAUAAGGAAGAAUCAGAAUGCAAAAAAGAAAGGCAUGAUGCUGAUCUUGAUCUGCAGUUAGAAGCACAAGCUGAUCCUCCUACUCCUCUCUCGGUUACAGUCGACCAUCAGGGUCUUUCCGCUGGAAUUUUGCAUCCCUUGCCUCUUUCCCUUUCUUUGGCCCCAUUUUCUACUCAGUUAUUCAGCCCCUAUGUCCUCUCGGUUCCAUCAUCCGUUGUCGGAGUUGGUGUUUCAGAAGCAGACCGAGCCAAAGUAGCGACCUUUACAAGUCCCCCAACGACUGCUCGCACUCACGCUCCAUUUUCUGACUCACUUCAAGGAGCUGCCAUUGGUUCUCUAGCACAGUCGACCCAAUUCAAUGGUAGUGAAUGUGAAUCUGCCUUAGAUCUCAGCAUAGGAAAAAAUCAAAGUUCAACUUUUGGCGGUGUCUCAGCAAACAAGGUAUCUAUACAAAAGACUGCUUUACUCGAUGGUCUCGGAUUAAGGCCUACAACUGUUGGGGUCCCUGCAGAUGGAAGUCUUAUUGUUGUUCAGGUAAAGCCUGAUACUGCCAUUACAAUUCCAAACUCCAACACUACCAUUGGUAACCACAAUAGCUUGACUAAGACUAGCACGGUGUUUAUGAGGGCUGCAGAGAAAGUAAAUGCCUCCUUGAAGGAAAGUGAACAUGAAAAAUCACGAGACCAAAAAAGAACUAAUGUAAGAAGGUUUAGGGACAUGAGAAGGUCCAGGACUAUUAUUCAAGCUGAUCAACUGGAUGUCCUUUAUGGAUGUUAUUUUAAAGACCCAAACCCAGGAAAGCAUGAAUUUGAGCAAAUAUCAGAAUGGGUGCAUCUGCCAAAGAAGGUGGUACAGAUUUGGUUUCAGAACAUGAGGGCCAGGGAACGGAAAGGGGAAGUUCGCUUCAUAAGUGAUGGCACAUUAGCAGCUGUAGGUAAACCACUUAUAAAGUUUACUUGGCCACUAAAUAAGCCCAUUUUUUCAAGCACCCCCAAAUCAAACUCUAGUCCAACAACUCCUGGCUGGGUCCCGCCUAAGCCUCAAACUGGCAGUGAUGCCCACAAGGCAGAAAAGCUAAUGGCGAUCAAAGCAGAACCACAGAAAAUCCAUAUCCAAGCUAGUCUGAGCAGGGGAAAGGAAAUGGCAACAACCACCACUGCUAGCAGUACAUCAGUACUCAAGAUAAAAGGUGAAGCAGUGAAUUCAUUUACAAUGGUUAAAAUCGCCCCCAAAGCUUUGGCCCCGUUAGUUACUGUUCCAAUCGUGACCAGUAGCUCUGCCAUUCCCCAAAACCAUCAGAAGACUAAGCUGGAGGCACAGAGUAAAGCAGAAAGGACAGAAGAGAAAGAUGGAAAAGAUCAAGAAAAGCACAUCCCUGGGACAACCAACCGCAUGGUUCCAAAAGUAUCCACUACACCAAUUAACAAAUCUCUGACUGUGGCAACUCAGAAACACAAUGGCAUUAAUUAUUAUUCUUCACAGAAGGGACAAAUUAAGAUAAAUACUCUGUCCAGGGAAGAGCUAGGUCUGUCUUCCCAACGCCCAAUCCUCAGUUCAGCUUCAGUCGUAACCCCAUCCAUGACCGUCACUUCACCGCCAUCCAGUCAAAACCAAAAAGAAACAAAUUACAUUCAACAGCACUCCACGCCAAGAAGACCACGAACACACUUGAACUGUCUGCAGCUUUCCAUUCUCCAGUCUUGCUACGAGACCUGUGCCCAUCCAAAUGCAUUAGAGUGCGAAGCAGUGGGGACAGAGCUUGGUCUUCCUCUGAAAGUGGUGCAGAUCUGGUUCCAAAACACACGUGCCAAGGAGAAGCGUUGGAGGCUACAGCAAGAGAAACUGUCGCCGAAUUCCAGCGACCCUUCCAAGAAGUUGGACAUCAGCUCGGGCACUUACCUACAGUACAACGCGCUCCGAGCGAACCGUCCAAUCCUCCCCAAACCCGUACAACUGACACUUCUGGAAAAUUCCCAGCCACCUGCCGCAGGUCAGGCAACAGCUCGUGAAACACUAAGAGGGAAAUGCGACGUGUGUAACGUAGAAUUCGAGUCCAGAGCCGCCGCCCGAGACCACGUUUUCUCUCCUCGGCAUCUCGCGACACUGAGAACCACUAACUUUGGUCAAUCCGCGACGCAAAAUAACAACGGCUCGGCUGUGGGUCAGGCUUCUUCAAGAUCACCAGCUAGCAGCACUAGCUAAGAAAUAAACUUUAGCUGCUUCAUUAAGUGGACCCAUUAGGCUCUUAUGCUUUUAAUCGGCAAAGAAAAGGUGCUCAUUUUUAAAGCUCUUUUAUUUCUGCACCAUUACCAUGGGCCUGGAAAAAACAAACAAAAAAAAAAACUCUCCACUUUUGAUGUCAGCGAGAUUUGAUCCUGAACAGAACUUUUCAAUGACUUGUUGCCACAUCAUUUCACUAAUAAUAAUCAAAUGAAUUGGUUAUACUGGACAUGCAAUUGCUUAUGUUGUAACAGUCUUGUUUUAUGUAUUUUCACUGCUUUCUCUUUUUUUCUCUCCAUCUGUUUCUUUUGUGCUUGUUUAUUAUCAUUUCUAGCUAAUUCUAGAACACUCUGGCUGUUUGGGGGAAAAUCUAGCACCGGACCACCUGAAACUCAUCAAAAAUUAUUCAGCGAAUACGUACAUGGUACUGCUUUUGCUUGAGCCUGAAUGGUGUACUGCAUUGGCGUUUUAAUCCAGACUUCUUAUAUUUCGAUCAAAUUCUAUUCGAUUUUUAUAAUGUCUUCAUUGGGAGGUGUUUUUUUUUUGUUUUUUUUUUUUCUGACUGACAAUGAGUAAGAUCAUGGGUGAAUCAAAAACGUGCAACUAGCUGAUGGGAAGUUGAAGACAGCAGACAAAUGCUGAUACAAAACUGUCAUGAGUGCUUUUUUUUUUUUAUAUAUCAGAUUUUACAAUAUCAUAAUAUAGAGUCAGAAAUAUGCUUUUGGAUGCAUUUUUUUUAGGCUGUUAUGGAUUUCUAAUGAAAAGGAUUAUGGGAUACAUGCAAUGCCGCUUCAGGUUUGCCCAGAAUAAGGGCCCUCUGACGACAGCUGUCUUUGUUGCUUUUAGUACGGGAACGUUUAUCUUGGGCGCAAAAGUGCUGCCUAAGUAGGGAUCCUCGUUCCAAGUGAACGACAGUGGUGAUGUAUGAAAGUGUCCGUAAUGCUGUUGCGGUAUAUAUUGUAAAAAUGAUAAGCGGCAUCUACAAAUAAAAAAAUAUAUAUAUAUUGAUUUUUAGAACCCGAAGGUGUUGUCGAGUGCCCUGAAUCUAGACACUCUAGGAGGCUGUUAAUGAAAUGAAUGCACCUCCAUUUGCCAUCAUGACAAUCGUACAUUCCCCCCCCCCCCAAGCUCCACUGGUUAAUAUCGAAAAAAAUAUCAUAUGGUUGUCCUGCAGCACUUUCUUCCUUAAGGUCUGAAAUAUUUUAAGGUUUCCAUACUGCUUGGAAUAAAUGUUUGUAUUAUAGUGAUUUACUGUAUGUCAGAUUUUACCGAAGUGUUGCCAGCUUUUGCUGUAUUUUAUUAACACGUGGACAGGGAAAGGAUCAGACCUAGCCGCUGUGCAAAAAGCCAAAGUUAAUCCUAUAUGCUAGCGCAAUUUUAAAUGAUUUUGAUAUCGGUUUCUUAAACGACAAAAUGAUAUAAAUUGUAUAUCUCCUUUUUUUUUUUUUUUUUUUCGGUUCGUCAUAACCCUACCGUGUUACAAAUAAUCACUGCUUGCACCAGGUUUUUAUGGGAGAGAAGUCAUUUUAUACACACACACACACACACACACACCCCACACACACACAUUGUACUUUACGUGGGUGCAAGCUGAGGACUUGCGCUGGGUAGAAACUUACCACGAGGUACUUUUCUGUGGUUUUUAAACAAGCGUGUUGAAUUUGUCGAUGCGGAAACCUUGCGACAAAAUGUGCGAGUUUGAAGGAAAGAAAUACUAAAGAGAACUGUCAUUUAAUUUUUUUUUUUUUUUUUUUAAAGUUGUAUAUUGUAAUUCUUAUUACUGUUACUAUUAAUAGUUUUAACCAGAUGCAAAACUAAAUGGUAACUUUUUAAAAGGAACUCUAUUAUAAAAAUGGUAUUCCAAAGCUAAUCAUCUUUCUCUUGCUUUCUGUCCAAAAAAAAAAAAGAAAAAAGAACAAAAAAACAACACACACAACCAAAAUGCAUUUGGAGAGAGAGGGGGUGUUUUGUAAUGGAUUUCCCACACCUUGACACUUUGAGCAAGUCCAGGAAGGACUUUUGAUACAUUUACGCUGAAAGUGUGCAUAUUUCAGCCAAAACAAAGUGGAGCACUUGGAUGUGUGACGAUCCAGAGGCGUGCGGCGUUUUUGUAACGCACCUCCGUUAUUUUUUAAACACUCUGUGUUAAGCUGUAGCUCGUGUUCACUGAGCAUGAACUGAACACAGUGCUGAACAAUGGGAUCACACAGUGUUGCACUGUUCAGAGGUUGUGCAGAGACCUGCUUUUUGACUGAUUUAUUAUUUUUUGUUUGUUUCCUUUAACACUUAUCACAUGUUAUACUAUUUGCUAUUGUUUUCAUUACUCUUAUCACAGUUUGAUUAUUAUUAAUUCAUUACGGUUUUUAAUAGCAUCCUUAUCUUCAUCGAGAUGGUCUUGGUAUAAUGCAAACUGAUGGUGAAAGUGUUGUUAUGAAAUAUUAGACUAUCGUUUAAGCUUGUUCCCCCCCCCUUCCCCUAUAAUUGUACCUUCAUUUUGUGUUUGAUCUCCUUUGUUUUCUUAUACAGAAAAAUAAACCGAACUUCACUCA